CUUCGUGCUCCCUCAAGCUCCGCGCGGCUCCCGCUGUCAACUCCUCGUCACCGAGUAUUCCGAAAAUCUAAACGUCGUCGCGUAGCAAACACCGCCACCGCGCGCUGCCGCGGUGCGAGUAACCUCAUGGGUCUGCUGGUGACGUCACGCGUGCUGGGCGGAGCCUGCGCCAGUCACCGCCCAUCCCUUCCCCUCCGCUCCCCACCACUGCGCGGCCAGUCCAUUCGAUCACAGCGAGAGGGGGUUAAUACAGUGCUACGAGAAGCAUUUCCCCGACUUUUUCCUGACCUCGAAAUCACAGGACUGAAAUUUCCUCCUUGGUGUGAUGGAGUGGUGAAUUGCCCUGACAACAGCCUGCCAGCUGAGAGAAGUGCACCUUAAAAACCACAGUUCAGUGAGCAGCGCGGAUGGAGGAGGAGGACGACGACACGCACCUGUGCCUCAAGUGCCGGGCGACCAUCACGGGGCUGGACAACUACGUGCAGCACCGCAAGGCGGGCUGCCCGCCGUGCCAGGGCCAGGAGCUGCGCGCCGACGACUUCUUCUCCUCGCUGGAGCUGCAGAGCUCCGCCAAGAAGGCCGCCGCCGCCUCAGCCACGCCCGGCACCGCCGCCGGCAGCAACGAGCGCACCGGCCGCGACACAGACGAGGAGGAGUGUCCGCCGCGCGGCCACACAGGGGGCAAGUGGCGGCCUAGCGCCUGGGCUGGGGGCGGCGGCGCGUCGCCCCUGCCGCCCCCGCCGCCGCUGGAGCCGCCGCCCUCCUUCACCGGCGGCAAGUGGAGGCCGCAGCUGUCACCCCAGGAACACCGACCGGGCUCACCUCCCCAUCACCAGCAAGAGGCUUCCGGUGGCAGCAGCGCCAGCGGUCGUUGGCCGGAGACCGAGCAACCCAAAGAGCAGCAGCAGCAGCAGCAGCAGCAGCAGGCGAGGAGCCGCCACGAGCCGGAAGAUGACGACGAAGAGGAAGAGGGCGGGGGCGGUGGCCCGCCGCCGGGGCACACGAGCGGCAAGUGGGUGCCCGGAGGCCGCGCGGUGCGCAAGCAGGGCAGCACUGUGCAGUACUGGUGCGGCGCUUGCUGCCGGCGGCUCAGCUCGCGCGCGCUCUACCAGCGCCACCUGCAGUCCGAGCUGCACUUCAAGCGCACCCUGCUCGAGCGACAGCUGGAGAGCAGCCGCCCGCCGCAGCUGCAGCCGCAGCAGAGGCCGCGCGCCAAGCGGGUCGUGCGCCGCACCGCCGCCUACAUCAACAGCCACCUCUGGGCGCCCAGCAAGCGCCGCCGCCUACAGGAAGAGGCAGACCGCCAGGCGGCGUCGCAAGCCGUCGCCCCCUCGAGCCCUCCGCCGCCUGCCACCACCACCGCCAAGCAGAGGCCAGCAAAGCGGCUGGCGCAGUGCGAGGCGUGCCGCGCGCGGCUGCAGCGCCACCAGUGGGGCCAGCACCUGCUGUCGCACUACCACUGGCAGCGCGGGGCCGCCGCCGCGCCGCAGCUCCACCGCCAGCUCGUGCUGCGCCACAUGCCCGCCAUCGCCAGGCUGGCGCCCUUCCGCUGCCAGCCCUGCCACUUCUACUUCAACACUUCCCACGAUCUCGAGCAGCACGUCCGCUCCUGCGAGCACCGCCAGCGCGACACAGAGGGCGACUACUGGUGCUCGCUGUGCCGCGCCUCGUGCGACAGCGCGGCCGCCCUGCUGGGGCACCUGCGCUCGCAGGCGCACGGCGAGCUGGUGGCGGCGGCCGCCGGCUCGCUGCCCGUCGAGCUGCGGCGCCGCCGCCUGCCCUGUUGCGCCGACUGCGGCCGGCGCUUCCAGCUGCGCGCGCAGGUGCUGGCGCACGCCCGCCGCCGCGGCCACUUCCGCGCGCUGCGGCUGAUACAGAGGGAGGCCAGGCCGUGCCUCCGCAGCUGCGCCCAGUGCAGCCUGCGCUGCCAGUCGUGGGCCGAGCUUCAGCGACACGUCAAGAAGGCGCACGGCCGGGAGCUGUUCUUCUGCUCGGCGUGCUCGCUGGAGUUCGGCAGCAGCGCGGAGGCGCUGGCGCACCGGCGCUCCACGCGGCACCGCCACACGGCCAUCCAGCACCUGGCGGGCCCCCGCCGCUGCCACUUCUGCCCGCUCACCGUGGACGGGCUGCCCAGCCUCCAGCAGCACAUCCGCGCCGUCCACCCCAACCUCAUGAGCGCGUGCGCGAUGUGCGGCAUGAAGUUCGCCCUGGCGCAGCAGCUGGCCCGCCACGUGCGCGACAAGGCAUGCGCGUUCCCCGCGCAGGGCGCUGCUGCAGAGCAGAGCAGCCAGCAGCAGCCGCAAGCAGCGGAGGCGGCGUCGGCCGUGGCAGACGCGGAC